UACCGACAGCUGUUGGACAGUUUGUGGAAUACGUUGUUGUUUGAAAUAAAUCCAAACGGACAGUGUAGCCUGGUAAGUGGGGGCUUGGAGGAUUUUUUCCGGGUGUCCUGGUCCUGAAAAAUUUACAUCGAAAAAAAAUUUCUUUCCUGGGUUUUACCUAGCCAUCGUGAUGUACAUUAGUUGAAAGUAAUCUGAUAAGUCUGAGUUUUCUCGUGCUUCGAGGACUGAUCACUCAGGUUGGAAAGGACCAGGAAGGACGUGCCGAGAAGACCAGCAACGACGAGAAAUAUUUGGGGAUACGUGAGGAAGCCGAGAUAACGAGGUUUUUUUUUGAGAGAGUAAUGGCUACGAUCAGGGUACACGAGGAUCAGGAGAAUCGUACUGGCGAUGCUAGGAGAGGAAAGGAGAAUGCUGUACUCAGGGAACAUCAGGGUUUAGGUGGUUUAGGACAGCAAAAACGUGCGGUCCUUGGCGUCCUGCAUAACAACUGCCCCAGAACCAAGCCAGAAAUCAACAACAAGGAAGAUAAGUUCUCAAAAUCGAAAACGACAUUUAUUCCACCCCCUUACGACAGCUUCAAAAUAUACGAUGGAAAAAAGGACGAGGGCGCUUUCAAGAUCUACGAGGACAAACUUGAGGAAGAAACCCAGGUUGUACUCCGAGAGACUCGAGAAACACGUGAGAUUCACGUUAAAAAAACGACAGAGGUGACGAUUAACUCGAUUCGUGAGCAGAAGAGCGAGUUGACGUCGGUGAGCAUUGUGCCACCAUUCAGACCAGUCCUGGGAGAAAUCGGAAAUGAAAGAAAGAAGGAAGACAUACCAUUGUUCCACCGAGCGAGCCCCCUGUCUCUCGAGAAGUCCCUUUCCCUGACUGAUUCCGGGAAAAAGGGUCUGAGGGCAAAGAGAGAGGCAACUAAGGUAUCCAAGAGUAAUUUUUAUGAUGUAGAUGAGUACAGGGCCGACAUUUACAAUUACCUGCGGAUUGCUGAGACACAACACAGGCCAAAACCUGGGUACAUGAAAAAGCAACCAGACAUCACUUACUCGAUGCGAGCUAUUCUCGUUGACUGGUUAGUGGAAGUAGCUGAAGAAUACAGAUUACACUCGGAAACUCUUUACCUGGCUGUCUCCUACAUAGACAGAUUUUUAUCGUACAUGAGUGUGGUGAGAGCUAAACUCCAGUUGGUAGGUACAGCAGCAAUAUUUAUUGCAGCUAAAUACGAGGAAAUAUACCCUCCAGACGUCGGUGAAUUUGUCUACAUAACCGACGACACGUACACGAAAAAGCAGGUAUUGAGAAUGGAGCAUCUCAUCCUCAGGGUUUUGUCAUUCGAUCUGACAGUGCCGACGCCACUGGCUUUUCUCAGGGAUUACUGCAUCAGUAAUAAUCUGAGUGAUAAGAUUCAAUUUUUGGCAAUGUACUUGUGUGAAUUAUCGAUGCUUGAGGCAGAUCCUUAUCUUCAGUAUUUACCCAGUCAUUUGGCAGCAUCUGCCAUAGCUGUUGCACGUCACACACUUCAGGAGGAGACGUGGCCGCACGAGCUUGAAUUGUCCACGGGCUACACCUUUCACGAACUCAAGGGAUGCAUUGGACAUUUGAGUAAAACAUUCAACGCAGCUGCCAACAUUCCGCAACAGGCUAUUCAAGAAAAGUACAAAACUAGCAAAUAUGGACAUGUGGCUCUACUCCUUCCUCGCAGUACGGACGUACUUGCCUGUGAUGAUGACUCUGAGAGUGCAUGAAUUAUCAUUACCUCGUGGAAGUGAUGAUUGGGUCAUUAACGAACCUCCCUGUCAGCAUGGAUUGGUCCUCAGGAGGGGAUUGUAGGGCAAGACUGAUGAGCAACUGUUCGAGGGAAAAGCCUAGAGAACACAAAUUCUUAUGGGAAACAUUGUGUGCAGACUUUUUGGAAAAUAGUCAUGAGUGAUUUGAGUGAUAACGUAUUAAUCACUCAAUUUUUUUUUUUUGAAUUUUGGUAGGAUUUAUUAAUUUUCUUUUCUAUUGAAAAUUUUGCACUUUGGAGUAAACCAAAAAAUAUUGUAGGAAAAAAUCGGGAGUUUUCGUUUGGCACGAAAUGUAGGAAAUGGAACGCAAGUUGCCUAGAAUUUGUUAGUACUUUUUAUCAUAGUUAUAAAUAAUCAUUUUUUAUGCAAUGAUAUAAAAAGAGAGUAAUCCUCUUUUUAGGGGAAAAAAAUACUCGAUUUUUGCAUGAAUGAGGAUACGAAUGUGAGAGAUUGGGAAUUAGUUGCUUUUCAUACUUGUGAGAGAAAAUGAGAAAAUUGGAAAAAAAAUUGGAACACUUGCCAGUGGUAGGAAUGAAAUUAUUCAUGCUUGAAUUUUAUUGAGGAAAGUUUUCUACUAUAACUUAUUACAGGAAAUACAGGAGGAUUUUUUUUUUUACAUUUUAAGAGACACACACAUGAGAAUGUGAUAGAUGAAAUUUUUUUAGAUCUGUAAGAAGAAAGGGAGUUUAGUUGGUCUGAUUUCGUUUAAUAUCGAGAAAGCGCAUUUUCCAGGGCACUAUUUAUUCAUUUUAAAAAUGUAUGAAACUCUACUCGCAACUUGAUUCAUAUAUAACGCUGGCAACGUUGCAUGGUGUCCUCAUUUUCAUAAGAUAAAAUUGAUCGCAUUUUUUUUGGAAAUGUUGGAAAAUGAGGAGCAAUCAGUAUAGAAUAAUUAGGAAACUAUUUUUGUAAGGAAUGAUAUCAAAUUUGCGUAAUUAAAAUUGUACUCGGAAUGCUCUACGGAUAUGUGAGUGAGCUUGAAUGUCCUGUAAAUCCAAUGGAACAAUCAAACAAUUUCAAGAUUUGUGAAUAAAUGGAUGUAUGAAAAUUA